GGAGCGAGCUGAGCCGUAAUGAGCGCUGCUGCGGUGUGUUGACUGGGGGAACCAGCGGAAAGUAAACCGGGGGAGGGUCUGCUGCAGCAGGGCUGGGGUAGGAGGAAGAGACCCCCCUUUUCAACGGUGUCGGAGAGCCAUGGUCCCCGCUGGCCGCGGGAGGAGCCGCCGCUGAGCCCCGGGCAGCAGCAGCGGGAGCAGCGGGAGGAGCGGCAGCAGCACCGCCGGCAUGCAGCUCCCCGCCGCCGGCCCGAGCGGGGCAUGGUAGCGCGCUGCGGCCGCCGCUGCAGCCGGACACGACCAUGGUCGAGAGGAGCAGCAAGUUCUUGUUGAUCGUCGUGGGCUCCGUGUGUUUCAUGCUGAUCCUGUACCAGUACGUGGCCCCCGGGGUGAUCAGUUUCGGCUCCCCGCACGGGUACUUGUUCGCGGAGGAGGACGAGGGGGACAUCUUCCCCACGCCGGACCCGCACUACGUGAAGAAGUACUACUUCCCCGUGCGGGACCUGGAGAGGACGGUCGACUUCCAGAUCAAGGGGGAGGACGUGAUCGUGUUUCUGCACAUCCAGAAGACGGGGGGGACCACCUUCGGCCGACACCUGGUGCAGAACGUCCGCCUGGAGGUGCCGUGCGACUGCAGACCGGGCCAGAAGAAGUGUACCUGCUACCGGCCCAACCGCAAGGAGACCUGGCUCUUCUCGCGCUUCUCCACCGGCUGGAGCUGCGGCUUGCACGCCGACUGGACCGAGCUCACCAACUGCGUGCCGGGGGUCCUCAACAAGAAGGAGAGCAAGCAGAAAACACAGCGGAAGUUUUACUACAUCACUCUGCUGAGGGACCCGGUGUCGCGCUACCUGAGUGAGUGGAGGCAUGUGCAGCGAGGGGCCACAUGGAAAACUUCCCUGCACAUGUGUGAUGGGCGAACGCCAACACCGGAGGAGCUGCCUUCCUGCUACGAGGGCUCCGAUUGGUCGGGAUGCACCUUACAGCAGUUCAUGGACUGUCCAUACAACCUGGCCAACAACAGACAGGUGCGUAUGCUGGCAGACCUGAGCCUCGUCGGCUGCUACAACAUGUCCACGGUGCCAGAGAAGAAGAGGUCCCAGCUCCUGCUGGAGUCGGCCAAGAAGAACCUGCGAGACAUGGCCUUCUUCGGUCUGACCGAGUACCAGAGGAAAACCCAAUUCCUCUUUGAGAGAACCUUCAGGCUGCGCUUCAUCAGGCCCUUCAUGCAGUACAACAACACCCGCGCCGCAGGGGUGGACCUGGACAACACUACGGUCCAGCGCAUAGAGGAGCUGAACGAGCUGGACAUGGAGCUGUACGACUACGCCAAGGACCUGUUCCAGCAGCGCUACCAGUACACCCGGCAGCAGGAGAGGCGGCAGCAGCGCAUCAAGAACCACAUGCAGCAGAACCACCAGAGCCUGGGGAUCAGCCUGUGGCCCUCCGGCAGCCGGCAGAGCUCGGCACCGACACUGGAGGACAGCGAGGGGGAGCGGGAAGAGCGGGAAGAAGGUGAAGAGGGAGGCAGAACGGAAGAGACGGGCAGCAGACUCCCCACUGAGGACUACAUGAACCAGAUCAUUAAUCGCUGGUAGCAACAGAAUGAGAACAAACAGACAUGCAUAUGUAAUGUGAAGUAAAUACACAUAUAAAUAUAUAUAUAUAAACACACACACACACACACUUACACCCAUAGAGUUGCAACUACUUCAGAGACCUAAACGACUGAAAAACUGGUUUGUCCAGUGAGUUUUUGCAGCGGGACUUUGGAAUGUCAGUGGGUUGCUAUGGCAACGUGAGCCUGGUCAACUGCAUCAGCUCUCGUGAUUAACCGUUUGCCCUGUUGGUACUGGCACCUGCUUGCCCUUUCCCCUCCGCAUUUCUGUGUCUCUCCCAUCAUCAUUACUUCAUAAGCAGAGGAGAGAUCAUUUUUAAGAGUUGCUGACGUCCAACUCUCCCAACCAACUGUCCCUCCUCCUCCUCCGUCUCCUCCUCCUCCUGCAGCAGUCCUCACCUCCUCUGCAGCCUGAUGUGGAGCAUGGCAAAAUGAAAUUAAGUCUGUGAAUUCCCCUUUUACCGUUGCAAAAAGACACAGUGUGCAUCCAGGAUGCUCCGAUUUCAAAGAAACUGGGAAAAAGCUACUGACAGCUGCACUGAACAAAGAAGUACGUACGAGACCUGGGAAAGGACAGGGAGAAGAGUUGGACUCUGUCGCAAAAGGAAAAGCUUACAUAAAUCAGCCAUUUCACCCACGAACGUGCUUUGGUCCUGAAAUGGUCUCAUUUUAAUUGUUGACGAUGAUUUCAUUUGUAUGUUCCUUUUUUUAUGUUUAUGCUUUGUUCAAAGCAGAAUUGUAAUAACACUGAGACCAACAUUGCUGCCUAAAAAAAAAAAGUGAUUCCUUUUAUUUCUUUAUUUUUAAUUGUUUUAUAAGUCAAAAGCUAAAGGAUUAGAUUGACGAACAAUGGACCAUAGCCAUUAUUGAAGCCUUGCUUCUUGGGGAAGGGGGGUGGGGGUGGGGGGGGCUUGUUGCCUGUUUUUUCUGUUAAAAGGUUCCCAAAGCUCCUGUCACUUAAGUCCAUUAUUUCUCCUGUUUUUUUGGGGGGGGGGUCAGUCGUACAGAGAAUGGAGCCCAGUUACAGAGUCUCACAUAGGUGCGUAGAAAGCACAAGCGGGGAGGCGGGCAGAAAGCGAGUCUGCAGUAGGUUGUUGCCAGGAACCAUGCAGCAUGAGCGGCGAGCGCUCUGGAAGCCUUAACUCAGACAAAUGCUUGGGAUGGGAGCCGUGCAACUACCGGUCACCAUGGCAAUGUGAGCUCUUAAUGCAGUGGGUGGCAUUUUUAGCUUCUCUCUCUUUCUUUUUUUUUUUUUUUUGUGACUGUGUUGUAAAAGCGGCGAUCAUAUACACUUCCUGGCUUUUUAAAGGGCAUGCCGGUGACCGGUAGUUUGUUAAAUGUCAUUUUGGAAACUUUUUUUUUUUUUUUUCCACCCUUUGUUCCACCCAGAUGAAUGGACGGGCGCGGAAGCUGUGCCUCUUUGUACCGGGAUCAUACUCAACAUAAAUAUCGUCAGAUAUUCAGUCUGCAUUAUACUACAGUGAUUUCUCUGACUACUUGUGAGUGUGUGUUGGGGAGCGUGUGUCCGCGUGAGUGAGUGUGUAAAUAGUACGUACGGUGUGGCUUUGACUGGUGUGUGUGCGUGUGUGUAUGCUUUUGUAAAUAGUGUGUGACUGACGGAGGAUGUCUGAGUUUGAGUGGCUGGUUUCAUGACCAAUUAUUUUGCCUUUUUUGUUUUUUAUUGAUGGAGGGCGGCACGACAAAGUUCCUCCGACAACUUGGCACAGCAGUAUGACCAUCACAGUGAUGCAAGCCAAUAAUAUAUACCAAUGUCCGACUCUUAACCCUUUUUUUAUCUCCAUUUUCUCGUCUCCUUCCCAUGACACGACUAAAUACCCAAACUAUAUCACUACAUUUAAAAUCAUGAUUUACAUUCUUAAAAGUCUAGUGGGCUCCAUUUAUGACCUGGUCUUGCAGCUUUUUGAUUAGGUCAUGUAUCCCUCCAAAUGCAAAGCUUACACGAGAGUAAAACAAACAUGGUGUUUUUAAUCCAGCCGCCGGUCACGUCUUCAAAGGUAUUUUUUAUUAUCCCGCAGGGGUCGGCUUAUUUACCUGGAUGGAUAAAUGUUUGUGCAGGGCAAAGCUAAUCUCUGCAUGCUGCGCCAGCUGUCGACAAAGCAAAGGGCAGAUGGUCUCCCCCUAAGUGAACCUUUUUAUUGUUUUAUAGAGGAAGUCUGAUGGCAAAAUGAGUCUCAAAAAAAAAAAAAAAAGGUACAAAUUUGACUUUUACCACAAGAUUUGCAUUGGAAACAAACCAUAGUAGUGCUGAGAAUGAUAAUGUCACAGAUGUGGUUUAACCACAUAACAGCUGUUUGUCUACUCGAGGUAACAAUUGUUUUUAUUUCAUUUUUGUCCCUAUUCGGCCUAAUGAUUGUCAGAUUGCAACAUGACCCUUGUUAGCUGAAUGCGUUGUACAAAUUAUAUAAGUAAUCAAUAUAUUGCCAAAUGCUUUUAAUGAAUAUUGCAGAUGUUGCAGUGUUUAUUCUGUUUUUAGACUGUAUUCACAGACUGAGAAUAAUAACAAUUAUAUGUUUCUAAAGCAAAAGUUGGGUUUUCUUUUUCCACUCUUGUUUCAUGCGUUCCUCGCAGAUGUCAUAAUCUAAAUAAAAUGGGAUGCAAUAAGGGAUUUGAGAGGAUUCGAGCUCAACACGGGAGUUGAUUUGGAUUAAAAUCCAUGACUCCUUCACCAAACAGAGCAAUAAGAAGAGUGAAACGGCAACAAAGCGGAGAAGAGAAAGUGAAAGUGGGACGGGAAGGGGACGCGCCACACAAGUCUAAUUUAAAGUGAAUGUAGCCCGGGUUCAAUGUCAUCAGAUGAUGCAUGCAGGCAACCUACUUUCUCAGAAAACAUAUUGCAUCCUGUUGUUAAUAUCCUUUUGAAGUCUUAGCAAUGUGGGAGCCCAACUUUUUUUUCUCUUUUUUUUUUUUCGCUGUUAAAUUUCAGCUAAUCACACUGGAUCUUUCAGUUGUGAUCACCUCCUUUAAAUCAGGAGUGAUUCAUGAUGGGAAGGAAAGGAAAAACAAGGGUGGAGAUGAAAGAUGCUGAGACUCAUUCAGUGUAGCAGCAAAGCAAUAGGAGCAAAGAAAUGGAUGUCAGAAGAGAAAUCUUCAUUUCUCAUUUUGCAUCAGCUUCUCCAUCAUUUGUAUUUAUUUUAUUUUAUUUUUAAACUGAGGACUUAACAGCUUCACUUUGAGAGUCAGACUUAAUGUCAUCUGUGUUUAGCGCGUGGCUCUGCAUCUCUGGUUGCAGAUCGAAAAGGAAAACCAUCUUCUCUCCAUCCCUGGAGCAUUUCAGUUUUCAACAUUCCAGUUUCAGGUGAUAAUCGGACUUAAAGCGGACCUCAAAAAUACUCACGGUACCGUUUACUGAUGUGAUUCCAGAAGCUGAAGCUGUGGUAUAUGCUCAUAUUUUAUUUCAUGGCUAUGUAUAUCCAAUGUCUUAACAGCAUUUCCUUUUGUGACCGUGAAGAAACCCAGGCGUCGCUAGCAUCGCCCCUUUUUCAAAGAUGUUAACGGGUGUGGUAGAGAGACGUGUUUUUGUUUUUUUUUGUUGAAUCUGUGUGCAUUCUGUCUCGGCUUUCUCCUGUAUGCAUCUUUCUGGGUUUGUUUCCUAUGAUUGCAAAAAUGAAUCAUCAAACCAACAAUUAAAAUAUUUCAUUUUUACGAA